CACAGUGCCAUAGCGGAGCGGGCUGGUAGUGCCGCUGUGGUUGACGCUUGGGUGGGAGACCGGAAAACUCGCUAAGCCGAAACCCAAGAAAUGGCAGCAAUCCGUAAAAAACUGGUCAUAGUUGGCGACGGAGCGUGUGGAAAGACGUGUCUUCUAAUCGUCUUCAGUAAGGACCAGUUUCCCGAGGUCUACGUGCCCACAGUGUUUGAAAACUACGUAGCUGACAUCGAGGUUGACAGCAAACAAGUUGAGCUCGCCCUGUGGGACACAGCCGGUCAGGAGGACUACGAUCGGCUCCGGCCGCUCUCCUACCCAGAUACGGAUGUCAUCCUGAUGUGCUUCUCUAUCGAUAGCCCAGACAGUCUUGAGAACAUUCCAGAGAAAUGGACUCCAGAGGUGAAGCACUUCUGCCCCAACGUUCCCAUCAUCCUGGUGGGCAACAAAAAGGACCUGCGUAACGACGACCACACCCGCCGUGAGCUGGCCAAGAUGAAGCAGGAGCCAGUCAAGCCAGAGGAAGGCAGAGAUAUGGCCAACCGAAUCUAUGCCUUCGGAUACAUGGAGUGCUCUGCCAAGACAAAGGAUGGCGUGAGGGAUGUAUUUGAAAUGGCCACCAGGGCUGCGCUGCAGGCCAGAAAGGGCAAGAAAGGCACUAAAUGCCUCAUACUGUAAAUGGACAGGACUCUGCUCAUUCUGAGGGGGUGGGUGGAGCCAUAUCCAGGCCCCACCCUUUCCUCAGCCUGCCUGGAAUGACUGUGCUCACCCGUGAACCGCUUUUUAUUUUACACCUUUUAAACUAAAGCAGUCCAAAUUAGUUUUUUUGUCAGUAUUUAAAGAUGCGGAUAAGGAGCGACGCUGAUUUAUUGUACCUUUUACACAUGAUUGAUUUUGCCAUAUUAAGUCAUACCAAGCCAGUGGUAAGAGGGGUCUCUCUAUCAGUUGACACUUGUCUUCUAAGCUGUGUAUAUCAGUGCAUUGUCAUCCACUGUGACCAAAAGCCCAUGCAGUUAUUUCGGAUUACAAAUAUGCAAUGAAGAUGAAAAAGAUGAUCAGGACCAAUGUGCAAUACAGGAAAGACGCAUGGUUUGUGUUUUUUUCUGGAAUGCAUACACUUGGACAAGACUUGAAUCUUUUUUUUUUUUCUUUCAAAACAAACAGAAACCUAAUUUGGUAUCUUUGUGUAUUAAACAAAAACUUUUUAUUAAGCUUGUGUUUUGUAUGGAGUUCCUCUUUCAACUGCGUUUAAGGGGUAUCAGUCUGGGUUCUAUAGGGAUAGUAUAAAAAAUGUCUGAUAUGUAACAGUAAGAAAAGCUUUGGCUUUUAUUUAUUUUUAAAAAAAUCAAAAGCACUGCUGAGAAUCAUGUUUUACAUUCCCAAGACCACAAGGAGUAGUGAACCACUCAGAUCUUGUAUUAUGACAGAAAUACACACAUUAAAUCUGCAGGAGGUUCACUUGUCACACUGGAAAUAAAGAUGUCUGAACCUUAAA